GCAAGCUCAAGCAGCUACAUUAAAGUCACAGAAUAAAUACAAGUUAUCUUUGUGAUAAGGGAUUCAAGUGGACAAGGAUUUGAUACUUCAAAAUUUUCAGUUAAAAAUUAUAAGAGAUGUUUAGGUCAAAUUCAUCGCAAUUUGAUAAAUUAUUAGAUAAAGCAACUAGCAAUUUAAAGCUAGAACCUGAUUGGCCUCUUAUUCUUCAAAUUUGCGAUUUGAUUCGGCAAGGUGAUGUUCAGCCAAAGUAUGCACUUGCAUCAAUAAAGAAAAAGAUGACAAACAGCAACCCUCACGUUGCAAUGUUUUCUCUGAAUGUUCUUGAAUCUUGUGUGAAGAACUGUGGUAGUUUAGUUCAUGAUGAAAUUGGCACAAAAAAUUUUAUGGAACAGUUGAAGGAUACUAUGAAGAUAACAACCCAUGAAAAUGUUAAAACAAAGAUUCUUGAGCUCAUUCAGGCUUGGGCUUAUGCCUUUCGUAACACACCAAAAUAUCGUUCUGUUCAGGACACAGUGAAUAUUAUGAAAACUGAAGGUUAUAAAUUCCCAGCACUAAAAGAGAGUGACGCUAUGUUUUCAGCAGACACCGCUCCAGAAUGGGCAGAUGGAGAUUGCUGCCAUAGGUGUAGAGUUGUAUUCUCUAUUAUGCAACGGAAGCAUCAUUGCAGAGCCUGUGGUCAGGUAUUCUGUAGUCAGUGUACAAACAAAACUUGCACCUUACCUAAAUUUGGAAUUGAGAAGGAAGUCAGAGUUUGUGAGGCCUGCUUUGAAAAAGUGACCAAGCCAACAACCUCUAACAAAGCAGAUGACUUACCGAUAGAGUAUAUUAAAAGUUCUUUAGCGCAGCAAAGUCAGAAAUCAUCCAGGAGUAAUGCGAUUCCUGCAACAAGAACCAAAUCGUAUUCACCUCCGCCAAAGCUGAGUACCUCACCAGAGGCAGAUCCUGAACUAGCUAGAUAUCUAAACAGAGGUUAUUGGCAGCAACAAAGUACAGAGUAUAGUAAUGCUUCAGCUCCAGUUAUGGCCAACACUUCAACACCUCCUAAACAGGCUAAUGUUCCAGAACAGAACGGUGUAGAAGAUAGUGAAAUGGAAGAUUUUGCCUCAACCCUACAGACACAAGUUGAAAUAUUUGUUAACAGAAUGAAGUCUAACUCAAGUCGAGGAAGGUCAAUUGCUAAUGAUUCAUCCGUUCAAACGUUGUUUAUGAAUAUCACAGCAAUGCAUUCAAAACUCUUAAGAUAUAUACAACAGCAGGACGAUCGAAGAGUUUAUUUUGAGGGCUUGCAAGAUAAAUUAACUCAGGUUAAAGAUGCGAGAGCUGCCUUAGAUGCGUUAAGGGAUGAACAUAGAGAAAAGUUGAGGCGUGAAGCUGAGAUUGCUGAAAGGCAGCGCCAGAUGCAAAUGGCUCAUAAGUUGGAUAUCAUGAGGAAGAAAAAACAAGAAUAUUUACAGUACCAAAGACAGUUGGCUCUUCAACGCAUUCAGGAACAGGAAAGAGAAAUGCAAAUAAGACAAGAACAACAGAAACAGCAAUAUUUAAUGGGAUCACAAUAUGCCACUCUUCCAUACAUGCGGCAAGGAUAUGAUAUGCAAGGCAGAUACGGUGUGCCUAAUCAGGUACCUCCCCAACAGUCGGCACCACCAUUUCCUCACUUUCCACCCCCUCCAGGCACUUCUCUACCAAUUGAUCCUUCAAUCGCACCGCUUACUGGAGGACCUACAGGGCCAAUGAUGAUGGGACAGUCUCGACCACAAAUGGAUCAAUCCUCAAUGAUGAUGAGAAAUCAACAAGGUAUGCUGCCAAGUGGAAUGGUUCCCCAAGGAAUGAUGACAAUGGGACCACAUGGAACACUUCCAAUGGGUCAUCAUAUGCCAAUGAUUGGCCAACACAACCCUCCACAACCACAAAUGGGCACUCAACCUCCCACUGCCACAUUAGGCCCUCAAUCUUUACAAGGACCACAGUCUCAUCCUAGCCAAUUACCUACUGGGCCACAGCAUAUGCAAGGACCUCCUGGUGGUAUGGGUAGUCAGACUUUACCAAGGUCUUUAGGGCAAUCAUCAAUUAGUGCACCUCAAUCCAUGCAGCCGCCCUCUUCAUUAAGUGGUUCUCAGUCUCUCUCAGGAGAGCCAACUAUCAGUAUGUCACAGCCAAUGCAAAGUCAGCUUUCUAUGGGAGGUCCUCAAAGGAUCCCAGGACAGCCUUCAAUGAAUGCUCCUCAAGCAAUGCAAGGUCCAGCUCCUAUGAGUGGUCAGCCAUCAAUGAGUGCUCCUCAACCUAUGCCAGGCCAGGCACCAAUGAGUGUAGCACAAACUCUACCCAGCCAGUCCUCGAUGGGUAUCCCAGGACAGCCUGCUAUGAAUGGGCCACAGUCUGUGCAUGGUCCUCCAGGAAUGGUCGCACCUAUGCAGAUGCCAGGCCAAUCUCUUAGCCAGACUGCUCUCCCGACUAUGCCACAGGGUCCUCUUCCACAGCAUAUGGCACAGAAUAUGCCAGCCAUGAUGGGUAAUCAGCAGCAAGUCAUCACUGUCUUGGGGCAACAAUCUUUUCAUCAGCAACCACCUUCACAACCCCCAGAAGAUGAUAAAACAGCAGAACUCAUUAGCUUUGAUUAAAUUUACUCCAAAGUUUUAUAGAUAAUGCUUUACUAAACUAGUUUUUAACUUUCAUUCCUGAGCCUGCUCAAAUGGAAAUGUUUUUUAUAUUAAAUUAGGUAAAUAUAAUUACAUAUAAAUACCUUGUAAAUAUAACAAUUAUUGUAUACUUUGUUUUUUUAAUGAGUAUUAAACAGCUUCUUUAUGUAUGCAUAAAAUAUUGUUCUAAUUAUAAAAUGUUCCCCGUAGUUAAAAGUAAAAAAAUCUUUCAUAUUCUUUACCCUAACUUUCUGCAAUAAAAAGAUUAUUGUGAAUUGAAGUAAUUUAUAUUACUUUGUGUCUCUGAAAAUUGUAAUUUAGAUUUUGUAACUUUACUUUCUAACCUCUUAUUUAUUUCAAC